AUUUAAUCGAUCAAUGGGAACAGAAAGUUCUUUCUUAUGUGGAGUAUUUCAAAGAUAAUGACAAAUAUGGAGUAGAUGAAAGCUUACGUGUUAAGAAUUCCGAUGGUGCCACUAGAUCCAAGUUUUUAGUUCAUUUUAGUAAACAGCUUUUAAAACAUGGCACAAAUAAGACCCUUAAACGAAACUUUGCAAAAAGCAGCUGUCGAACAAUUGGGUGAAGAUCCUAAACGUCUAGUGGAAGAUUUGGAGGCCCUUAAGACAUGGAUAAAACAACAACCUCAUCUCAAAGCCAAUACUGAUGAUCAGUUUUUAAUAGCUUUCCUAAGAGGCUGUAAAUAUAGUUUGGAAAAGGCUAAAUCAAAAAUAGAUAAAUUCUUUACCUUAAAAACAAAAUUUCCCGAAAUGUUUGGUGUUACGGAUAUAGAUAGUCCUAGAUUUAAGGAAAUCUUUAAAAUGGGUAUGUGGAUGUAUUUACCCACUCCCCUCAAUGAGACUGGACCGCGUAUAUGUAUCAUGCGCAGUGGUUUAUAUCCAGCCGAUAAGUACUCGGUGGAAGAAAUCAUGGGUGUAGCAAAUGCUGUGCAAGAAGUCUUAAUGCUAGACGAUGAUUAUGCCAAUGUUAACGGUGUGGUAUUUAUUGGAGAUUUUGAAAAAGCCACCAUGGCUCAUAUGUUUCAAAUGACUCCGGGCGUAAUGAAAAAAAUGACUGUGUUUUCCGAAGAAGCCAUUCCUUUAAGACCGAAAUCUUCACAUUUCUUUAAUACACCCGCAGGUUUUGAUACAGUAUUCAAUAUGGUCAAACCCAUGUUGUCACAGAAACAACAAAAUCGGUUAUAUGUCCAUGGCAAUAAAUUGGAUUCUUUAAUCCAACAAAUUCCCUUAAAAUAUUUACCCAAAGAAUAUGGCGGUGAAAAUGGUUCUUUUGAUGAAAUCACUGCCGUUUGGGAAAAGAAAUUGGAGGAUUAUAGAGAUUAUUUUAAGAAGAAUGCUGAAUAUGGUACCGAUGAGAAAUUACGACCUGGCAAAGCUAUCGAUUUUGAUAGUAUGUUUGGCAUAGAGGGUUCUUUUAGGAAAUUAAAUGUGGAUUAAGAUUAAGGCAAUAAAAUAUUACAUUUUUAUAAUUUUUUUUUACAUUAAUAGUAAUAUUUACUGUUUAUUACAGUUGCAACAAAUU